UAAUCAUUUUCAAACACAAAAAAAUCAAAUCAAAUAACAUUACAUUUACCAGUUUCAUUCAACUGAAAUUUCUGUAUGUCUGAAACUAAACUGAAUUUCUGAACAAACACACUCUUCACAAUGUCCGAUUUUCACCACCACCACCACCACCAACACCGGCCGCACCGCCUCUCUGUACCACCGCGAACCACCACAACAACCACCACUCCAAAACCCUACACUCCUAAUUCAACUUUCCCCUAUUCAUCCUCAUCAUCAAUCCUAACCCUAACUCCAACACCAACCCCUUCCAAAACCAGAAAAAACCCUAACCUUCUUUCUUCUUCAUUCUCUUUCAAUUCCAAAUCUAAAUCAAAAUCAAAUUCAAAUUCAAAUUCGAAAUCAAUUUCAUUCAUCUUCCUCUUUCUCUUCUCCCUUCGUUCUCUCUAUUCCCUUUUCCCUUUCCUUCGUUCCUCCUCCCCUUCUUUUUCUCUCUUCCCUUUUUCCUUCCUCGUUUCCCUUCUCUCCUUUUUCCUUACCCUCUUUUUCUCUUUCUUUUCCUUUUCAUUGUCUUCCUCAAAAAACCCUUUUCUUCACAAACCCAAACAACAACCAAUUUUCAACUUUUCCUCAAUCACACAGUCUCAGCAGAGAAUUCUUAUAUCAAAAUCGAUUCUUUUGGCUUUUGUGUUUCUCUUACGGUUUCAAGCUCUUAGAUAUUGCGGUACUGCCGCGAUGAUUAUAGCCGAAUUUAUGGGAACCGUGACGGCUCGGUGGUUCCGAAGAAAUCAGAGAAAUGGUUGGGGUGAGAUUCGAGGUUUUGUUUCGUUGUUUUCGGGUUUGUUUAUGUUGUCUUUUGGUUGGGAUAGAAUUGAGUGUUUUCCUUUUGGUGGAAAAAAUGAGGGAAAUUGUGUUAGGGUUUGGCAAUUGUUGAUGCCUUUUAUGUCUGGAUUUCUUGCUUGUUAUGAACAAUGUGUUUCUUUUGAAAAUUAUGAGAGUUUGAAGCAAUUGGGUCGGAAAAGGGUUCGGUUGAUUACGCUAUUUUUCACUACAGUUGUGCUCUGUGUUCCUGCUGUGAUUAGUUUUUUUGUUUAUGAAGGUGGUGAAGAUAGUGUUUCAUUUGGUAAUAUGGUUUGGCCUUUGGCGAAUACAGUUGUUUUUGGUGUUCUUUUGAGUGAGAAUUAUUUUGGUGGUGUUGAUGAUUUGGUGAGUUUCAAAGACUCUAAGAGAGAAUUUGUGAUGAUUUUCAUGUGUACCUUGAUAUUGGAACUUUUUUAUUAUCCUAAUAUAUCACUUUGGGGUUUGUUGAUUUGUGGUUUGUUGCUAUAUGUGGCUGUUAGAGAUUUAGAUCCUUUUGAUUUUCAUGAUUUAGGGUUUGGUGAUGAGUCUUCGUCGCAGUUGUUAAGUGACAUAGUUAUGAAGCCAAUUAGACAUAUUUUGAGCGAGAGAAAAUCGAGGAAAAUUGCGCUUUUUCUUUUGAUCAAUGCUGGUUAUAUGGUUGUGGAGUUUGUUGCUGGGUUUAUGAGUAAUAGUCUCGGGCUUAUAUCGGAUGCGUGUCACAUGUUAUUUGAUUGUGCUGCUUUGGCAAUUGGGUUGUAUGCUUCAUAUAUAUCUCGUUUGCCUGCGAAUAACCAUUAUAACUAUGGCCGAGGAAGAUUUGAGGUUUUAUCGGGAUAUACGAAUGCGGUUUUUCUGGUUCUUGUGGGAGCAUUGAUAGUUGUAGAGUCUUUUGAGAGGAUAUUGGAUCCUCAAGAGAUAUCAACUAAUAGUUUGUUGGUUGUUUCUAUUGGAGGACUUGUAGUUAAUGUCAUUGGUUUGAUAUUCUUUCAUGAGGAACAUCAUCAUGCUCAUGGAAUGUCAGGUGGAUCAUGCUCGCAUUCGCAUGCACAUUCGGUGUUACAUAACCACCACUCCGACCAUCAUCAUGAAAGGCAUGGAAGCAAUCGAGAAUUCAUUCCAGUUUCCAGUGAUUGUCAAGAUAAUUCACAUUCACACAAGGAGUUACAUAACCACCACUCUGACCAUCAUCACGAAAGGCAUGGAAGCAAUCGGGAAUUCAUUUCGGUUUCUAGUGAUUGCCAAGAUAAUUCAUGCGCUGGUGAUGUUGGACAUCACAACAAUGCCCAACAGCAUGAUCACCAUGAACAUGCUGCACACUGUCACGAUCAUCAUCACCAAACCGAUCACCAUGACCACCACAGUCACGAGAGUAAGACCGAUUGUCUUGCAGACACUCACAACACUCCAAACUUUAAGCAUCACGACCUUGCCCGACAGCAUGACCACCAUGAUCAUAAUCAUCAUGCCAGCCACCAUGAUCAUAAUCAUCAUGCUAGCCACCAUGACCACCAUGAUCAUAAUCAUCAUGCCAGCCACCAUGACCAUAGUGAUUGUCAUGAUCAGAAUCACCAUGACCAUCAGCACCAUGAUCAUCACCAUCUUGAUGCUGAUCAACAAAAGCACAGUCAUCGCCAUAUUGAUCACAACAUGGAAGGGAUAUUCUUACAUGUUCUUGCAGACACAUUAGGGAGUGUUGGUGUUGUUAUAUCUACACUAUUAAUCAAAUACAAGGGAUGGCUUGUCGCCGAUCCAGCCUGCUCAAUUUUCAUUUCGAUUUUAAUUGUAUCCUCUGUGAUACCUUUACUCAGAAAUUCAGCCGAAGUUUUGCUCCAAAGAAUUCCAAGGGCACAUGAACAUGAGGUGAAAGAUUCAUUAGUCAAUGUUUUGAAGAUAAAGGGUGUUUAUGGCAUUCAAAAGUUCCAUUCAUGGAGCUUCACAAACACAGAUGUAAUAGGGACACUGCAUCUACAUGUGUCAUCAGAUACCGACAAGAUAUUGGUGAAAUCUCAGGUUUCACAUCUAUUACACAAUGCUGGAAUAAAAGAUUUAACCUUGCAGGAUCCAACAAGCUGCAGAGUUGUAAUUUGUACAGAAAUGUAACAAGAGCAUUGGCUGUAUAAAAAGGAAUAUAAACAUUGACGUUUUUUAUGCCAAAGCAAAUAUUCUUCUAUGCGCGGCUUUAAUCUGCGGUGGUGGAUGCAAUUGCGGUUACUGUCACUCCUCUUUUUGGAUUUUAUCUGGAGUAUGCCAAGAAAAAAACCAAUAUAUUCGACUGAAAGGUAAGUAAAGUUAGGUCACAAUUGUUUCAUCUUCAGAGAUCAAACUUGGGUAGCAAUUGAGUCAACAUGGUUAGAUAUAGUGUAUUAACCACUUGCACUGAACUUUAUUGUUUAUUGCACUUUCCUUUCAAAUCUUGCCUACCCUUAAUCAUGAAAUCUUCCAUCCUAUAAUAUGCAUUUGGAUUUAGUGCAGUCGCAGUUAACACAUUUGGAUUAUUCGAUCAAGAUAUUGGACGGUUCGAAUAUCAUAUUUAAAUUUUGAUUUUUCAAAUAUAAAAUUUGAGUUUAAAAUUCAAACAGUCCGAUCUUGAUUAGACGGUCUAAGAUGUGUUGACUCAAGUGUAGUAUGAGGAUGUCGAGUGCACCGAAGUCAGAUCCCUAUAAUGGUCCUUUGAAUCCUAUGAUAAGAAAAAAAAACAAUUCAGGAAGAAUCUUGAGACUCAUUGCAGUCUUAGUGUGUGUUGCUUUUCUUGUAUUGUGGUUGUUGCAAUGUCAUGUUACUGAUUUUCUUGUGACUUUCAAGCAAAUCAUAAUUGAUGUGUGAUGCAGUUACCCAUGACAAUGAUGCAGACACAAUGUGAUGAAAUAUGCUAUCUGAAACUACAGUUUUGUGUUUAUUUUCCAUGAUUAAUAUAUCUAUUAGUAUUGAAUUGUUA